GGAGGAAACAAUGUCUAACUUUAUUAGAAGGUUUUUGCUCAAUUCUGGAGGUGGUGAUGGAGAAAAUCAAAAUCAAAAUACAUCAUCAGAUAAUACCACACCAUCAAAUGAUAGUAAUACUACAACCAAUAACACAACUACUCAACCUACACUUCCAACAACAACACCAACAACACAAACAAAUCAAAGCCCUAGUAAUGUUGACAGUAAUGCUGGAUUGUCUGCAGAUGAAAUCCGUUUGAGGAGAUUAAAUAGGCUUGGGGGCACAGUCACUCCAAUUACAACACCUAUCAAGACUUCUUCACCUCCUAAAUCUAAUGCUAUGGAUACACGAGAUGAUUUUGUACCACCAUCAAAAACUCUCACUCCUAUUAGUACUCCAAAGGCUACAACUCCAACAUCAGCAAAAUCACCAUCAAGUAAUCUAAACAAAAUGGAUACAUCCGAUGAUAUUAUCAAGAAGAAUUUGAGUUUGGAGGAAAGAUUUGUUCAUGAUACAAUUUCCAAGAUUUUCAGAGUCACUUUGACUCCAAGUAAGGAUAGUACUUUGUACUACUUGAAAGACUAUGCAUCUGAAUUAUCUAACUCACAAUUUACUGAAAAUGAUGUGGAAUCUAUUUUGAUUGAACGUAUUUCUAAAGGAGGCUUCGAACAUAGUGGUUCAAAAACUAUUUUCUCCUUCUUGAUGGAAUGCUUUGAACGAUCAGAAAGAGAAUUAGACAAUAAGAAAAAGGAAGAACAAAUCAAAGUCAUCAAAAAUAUCAAGGAAAUUAUUACUUCAUAUUGUGGUAUUGUUUUGACAGAUCCAGAUAUGUUCGAUCAACCAGAGCAUAUUUCUAGACAAGGGUCUUUACAACUUGUUGAUUAUGUUUGUGGAGAUAUUCCAGGCACAUUCCUUCAAGAUUUUGUCACAAGAUUUGCUGAUUCUCCAAAAACUUUGGAAACAAUCUUUGCUCCCGUCUUCAAUGAUAUUUCAACUAGAUUUUUGAAAAUUACACUUGUUGAUGACUAUUCUCCAUAUAUUUAUGGAUUUAAGCGACUCACUGCUUUGAGAGAACUUUCUAUUGUACUUGUAAAUCAUCCACUCUUUUUACCAAGAAGAAAGAAUGGUAAUUCUGUCGAAUUUGAAACUAUUUUGGGACCUCUUUUCAAAAUUACUGCCUAUUACGAUCAACCAAAAGUUGGUGAACAAUACUUUAGAAAUGAUAUUGAGAGAUUGACAAAUCAAGAUGUUGCUAACAUCAAAGAUCAAAUCAGAUCCAAGAUUAAUAUGUACCAUACAUCAUUACAGCAAAUUUUCAUGAAUCUUUUGAAACCAAAAGAAACCAGAGACAAAACAAUUGAAUGGUUAUCACUGAGUGUGGACUAUAAUUCAGCAAGAGCAAAAAUGCAAGCAGAUCCUCAUGUUAUCUCAACGGAAGGCUUUAUGACAAACUUGUGUGCUAUAUUAUUGAAGCUUUCCCAACCAUUUACUAAAAUUGAAGAUAGCAAGAUACCUGCUACUGCCAAAAUUCAAGUUGACUAUCCUAUGAUGAAUAAGGAUGUAAACUUCAAAUCAGAUGCAAGAUUUAAUAUGGCAGAAAAAGAAUCUGAAGAGUACUACAAAACCAAACCUAACACAGAUUUUAGUUUUGUAAGCUCGUGCUUCUUCCUUACAUAUAGAGCCCUUCACCUUGGCUAUUUAGUUACACAGGAAAAGUAUCAAAACGCCAUAAAAAGACUGCAAGAUGUUCAAAGACAUUAUGGUGCAACUCCAAGUCCAGAAGUAAGAAAAGAAAUUGAUUUAUAUUACAUUAUCAGAUGGACAGCUGAAACUCAUCUUUUCGAUCAAAAUUUACUUGAGGCAAUGCUAGAUUAUUAUAGAUUCUGUAGCAUAUGGCUUAUAAAGUUGGCAAAUCCUACGAAUACCGCCAAUUAUCCUUUGACUCCUCUUGUAGCAGGUAACACUCACACUACAUUCCCUUCUGAGCCUUCAAAGGACUUGGCUGCCAUGCCAGAAUUCUUCCUAGAAGAUAUAGUGACAUGUUUCACUUUCUUAUUGAGAUACAAGCCUGAAUCCUUAUCUAGUACUGUUCUUACCGAGACAUUCGACAUGUUUGCUAUGUUCCUCUAUCAUUCAAAAUAUGUGAAAAACAGAUAUUUGUUGGCAAAACUACCAGAAUUAUAUUGUGCUAUGCUUCCUGCUGGAUCAAAUGAUUUUAUUCCACCAAUUCUUGUUGAAUAUUUACCAAACCACAAAUUCUCUCAACUUAGCCUUACCUCAGGUUUGCUGAAAUUAUAUAUUGAUAUUGAACAUGAGAGCUCGUUCUAUGAAAAAUUCAACUACCGUUAUUAUAUCUCUUUGCUUUUGAAGAGCUUAUGGAAUAGUACUCCUUACAAGACUUCAUUCAUUCAAAUCACAAAUAAGACGGAUGACACAAGCUUUAUGAAAUUCUUCAACUUGUUGCUUAACGAUGCCAUUUACUUAUUGGACGAAAGUUUGAAAGAUCUUCAAAAAAUCAAAGAAAUUCAAACUGUUAUGGACACUCCAACUGAAUGGAAUGCAUUAACACAACAAGAAAAAACUGACAAAACCACAGCUCUUGCACAAUAUGAGCGUAUGGUCAAAUCAUACAUGCUUUUAGCUAAUGAAACUGUUCAUAUGUUAAGCUACCUUUCUAAAGAUAUUCCAAAACCUUUCCUUCGUCCUGAGAUGAUUGACAGAGUUGCUUCUAUGCUUAAUUACUUCCUUGUAGAGUUGGCUGGACCUAAGUGCCAAAACUUGAAGGUUAAAGAUCCUGAGAAAUAUUCAUUUAGUGCAAAGUACCUAUUGACUGAAAUUACUGAUACUUACAUCCACUUCUCUCCAUUUGAUGAAUUUGCUACUGCAGUUGCCAAAGAUGAACGAUCAUUCAAAGCAGACGUAUUCGAAAGAGUUGUUGCUAUUUUGAGAAAAAUAGGUAAAACUGAGGAUUACGUAAAGAAAUUCGAUUCAUUUGCUUUAAAGGCAUUGGAGGAGGCAAAGAAGUUAAUUGACCUAGAUGUGGAUUACAGUGAUGCACCAGAUGAAUUUUUGGAUCCUCUUACCUAUACCAUUAUGGAAGAUCCAGUUCUUUUACCUGUAUCUAAGAUUUACAUUGAUAGGGCAACUAUUGAAAGACAUUUACUCAAUGAUCCAAAAGAUCCUUUUAAUCGUUCUCCUCUCUCUGUAGACAUGUUAGUUCCAGCUCCAGAAUUCAAGAAACAAAUUAUGGAAUGGAAAGCAUCCAAAAGAAAACAUUAAUUUAUUAAAUCAAAUAUGUAAAUAAAAAAAAGCAAUUCCUUUAU